AAUGGAUUAAAAGAAAAAAAGUCAACUUAUCUAAGGAUAUUGCAAUGGAUUAUUAUUUUCAAUCUUUUUGGGGAUUUAUGAUUAUCCUUUGAACUCUGCAAAUGCAACCUGGACAAAAUCCUAGGUUAGAUUAGACUAUGCCAAAUUCAUAGGAUAAAAAGCUUUGUGUUUUCCUCCUAUGCUAGCUUUAUUUUAAAUUACAUGUGCCUAUAUGGAAGAUUGGGGAUAUAGCUAUCCAACAUAAGUAUUGGCAGCUGCUGGAGUAGGCAUUUGUUAUUUAAGUAUUGUUAAGUAUAAAUGAUUA